AUGAAGUUCUCAAAGAGCCUCGGCAUCCUGAUCGAGGAGGCCUUACCAGAAUGGCGGGACAAGUUUUUAUCGUACAAGGACUUGAAGAAGCAGCUGAAGCUGAUCUAUCCCAAAGACGGAGACAAGCCUCCCAAUAAACGGCCCAGAUUGGCCGACGCCGACGACGAGGACGACCGUACGGACGGUGGAGAUAUCGCCGUCGAGGGCGGCGAAGGUGCUGAGGUUUCCAAGGAGGUCACCGAUUUUGUGAGGUUGUUAGAGAACGAAAUGGAAAAGUUCAAUGUUUUUUUUGAGGAGAAAGAGGAAGAGUAUGUUAUUAGAUGGAAGGAGCUGCAAGACAGGGUAGCAGAAGUGAAGGAUUCGGCUGAGGAGUUGAUGAAAGUAGGGAGAGAAAUAGUGGAUUUUCAUGGAGAGAUGGUUUUGUUAGAGAAUUACAGUGCCCUCAACUAUACAGGACUUUUGAAGAUACUAAAGAAGCAUGACAAGCGAACUGGUGCUCUAAUUCGCUUUCCCUUUGUCCAAAGGGUCAUGCAACAGCCAUUCUUCACAACUGAUGUACUGAACAAGCUUGUGAAGGAGUGUGAGGCGAUGCUUGAUCAUGUUUUCUCGAAGAAUGGCCCAUCAGUCCCAUCUGAAGCAACCAAAGUGGAAGAACGGUGUGAGUCUACGACUGUGACUGAAAAUAGAGAUAGGUUAUUUAGAGCUCCUACAGAACUUGCAGAAAUAAAGCAUAUGGAGAGCGUGUAUGUGAGACAAACUAUAUCGGCAUUGCGUGUCUUGAAAGAAGUUCGGAGUGGAAGUUCAACCGUCAGUGCCUUCUCAUUGCCCCCUUUGCAAACCAAUGUGGUAGAGGAGGAUUUGAAGAAUAUACCUGUUUUAGAACAAGCGGCCAAAUAA